UCCGGGGCAAAGCAAACUUUACCCUUCACCCCUUUCUCUCUCUCGCCCCCGACCUUCUGGACCCUUCCAUCUUCCUCGCCGUCUCCCCGCCAAUCUACCCUCUCCCUCGCGGCGUCUCGCGGAGGCGGGUGGACGCGCGAUGCUGCCGCAGCAGCAGCAGCAGAAGCAGGCCGCGGCGCUGAUGCAGCAGGCGGCCGCGCUGCAGUCCAUGUACCCGAUGCCGACUCUGCCGCAGCACCACCUCCUCGGCGCACCGCCUCCACAGCAGAUAGAACCAAUCCUUACUGGAAAUCUGCCACCUGGUUUUGAUGCGAGUACAUGCCGCAGUGUAUAUGUUGGCAAUAUUCAUGUUCACGUGACCGAGGCAGUUCUCCGAGAGGUUUUUCAGAGUACUGGUUCAGUUGAAGGAUGCAAGCUUAUAAGAAAAGAGAAGUCCUCUUAUGGUUUUGUUGACUACUAUGAACGUGGAUCAGCUGCUCUAGCAAUUUUGCAACUUAAUGGUAGGCAAAUUUUUGGGCAGCCUAUCAGAGUUAAUUGGGCAUAUGCUAGUGGUCAGAGGGAGGAUACAACAGACCAUUUCAAUAUUUUUGUUGGUGAUCUGAGCGCAGAGGUUACGGAUUCUGCAUUAUUUGCAUUCUUCUCAGGAUAUUCCUCUAGCUGCUCUGAUGCUCGAGUUAUGUGGGACCAAAAGACAGGAAGAUCAAGAGGGUACGGCUUUGUUUCCUUCAGGAAUCAACAGGAUGCACAAAGCGCCAUAAAUGACUUAAAUGGUCAAUGGCUUGGAAAUCGGCAGAUUCGCUGCAACUGGGCAACAAAGGGUGCCAACAGUGUCGAGGACCAGCAAACUUCAGAUUCGAAAAGUAUAGCUGGUGUAACUAACAAUUUCACAGAGGAUGGAAAGGAGAAAGCAAAUGAAGAUGCUCCGGAGAAUAAUCCGCUGUACAGAACUGUUUAUGUUGGUAACCUUGCUCAUGAGGCAACUCAAGAUGUGCUCCAUCGUUUUUUCUACGCACUUGGUGCUGGAGCCAUCGAGGAGGUGCGCGUCCAGCAUGGCAAAGGCUUUGGUUUUGUCAAGUACAGCAGCCACGCAGAAGCUGCCCUUGCAAUUCAGAUGGGUAAUGGGUGCAUUCUUGGCGGUAAACCGAUAAAGUGUUCCUGGGGCAACAAGCCUACACCCCCUGGUACAACCUCUACACCUCUGCUCCCUCCUCCCUCUGCUCACCUCUUCCCUGCUGCCGAUCUCUUGGCAUAUCAGCGUGCUAUUGCCUUGAACAAGAUGACUUCGACCCAGGCGCUGAUGCAGGCUCAGCAUCUGAAGCAAGCAGCCAUGGGGAUGGGGAUGAGUCCAAGCGCGAAUCAGGCGAUGUACGAUAGUAGUUUCCAGAACAUCGGUGCCUCGCAGCAGCAGCUCAUGUACCACUGAUUCCCGCGAGGCAGUCUUUGUAAUCUGUGACUCAGAUUUUAUGGUUUUCAUAUGUUCCUCGUGUCUAUAACUACAUAUGCACUUCAAGGGAGUAUUCUGGUAGUACUACCUGAGAAAGUAUAUCUAUGUGUAGCUGACCGGUUAAUACCUAAUCUUUACGUUAUUUUCUCAUAUAAAAUAAUCGCGCGGACUAUUCUGAACUCUGAA